AUGCCAGGAGUUUCUCUUGACACUGAGAAUCUGUCCAAUAUAGCAGACAGACUCGACGCCGAGCAUGAGAGUCUAAACACGGCAUCGGAGGGCCCGAGGGACUUGGAAGGGUUGGGGGACAACUUGGAAGCAUUGGAGAUCGAUGAUGAGGCGUGUACGAUGCAACCAGUUGGGGAUACAACAGCGCAUUUCUCAGGGGAAUUUUCGUAUUGGAACUUCUCCAUGCGUAUCAAGAACCUAAUCGAGAGCCAGAUACAAGAACCAGAGAGCCGCCGAGAAGGCAAUAGUCAAAAUGAUGACUCGGAUGCUUUUCCACGGGCGCAUCAUCUACGUCCUGGGCAUAAUCACUUGUCAGAAGCCAUAUCAUCGUUCCCCCCUGCCAACAUAUCACACUUCCUGGUGACAGUAUAUUUCAAGUUUGCAGAGAGUUAUCUGUUCUUUAUCGAAGAGAGCUGGGUUUUUGAGAAAUUAGAUCUGCUCUAUAAAAGCCCCCAAGGUCUGUCCCAAGCCGGCAGUGAAGUGACGGUCAGCAUCCUCCUGACAGUCCUUGCCAUUGGAACACAAUACGCUCAUCUUGAACACACCGACGGUUCUGAUAACACCUCGACGUCAGGCCUCUUGGAGGAAGAGAUAGGCGCCAUGUUUUACCAACAAGCAAUACGGCUGCUCCCGGAAAUUAUUGAGAUUUCGUCCCUUGAAAGUGUGCAGGCAUGUCUGUUGUUUGGAUACUAUUCCCUGCCAAUUGACGCCUCUGGCCUCGGAUUUAUCUACGUUAACCUGGCUUCUCGGUUGGGAAUACAGAAUGGCAUGCAUCGGAAAUGCAGCAACAACGCCUUUAACGCAGGCGUUAUCGAAACUCGAAAUCGUGUUUGGUGGACGACUUACGUGUUGGAAAGAAAGAUAUCUAUCUUUCAUGGCCGGCCCAUCUCAGUAUCUCGGUCAAAUAUCGAUACCAGCCUACCAAUCCAUCAGGACGGUUUACACUCGGUUGAUUGGCGCAAACGAGCUUCUUACAUGAGAGUCUCUGUACAGCUGAUGCAUUUCCUCGAAGACAUGUAUCACGAAAUCAACAUCUUGCGUAACUGCCGAAAGCGAGAGAUAGUCACAGUAGUAUCGCGGCUUGUGUCCAAAAAAGACGGCUUGGUCACCUGGUGGCAAUCUCUCCCUCCGGAUACAACCGACAUGACUGAGCAGCCAACAACAACACAGUCACGUUCGGCAAUGCACCUGAGACUCGACUACUGCCUAGUGCGUAUGUUUGUCGGGAGACCGUUUCUAUUGAAGAAAGAUACAAAAGACUCUGCGACGAGCCCGUCCGUCCCUGAAAACAGCCCCGGAACCAAUGAAAGAAGCGCCUCGAAACUUGUGACUAGCCGAGAAGAGCUGAUAAGCGACUGUAUCAAAGCAGCAACGGAAGCCCUUGACAUUUGUCAGCACCUACGCUCGAGCGGGAUGGGUCUUGCUCGAGCCUCGUAUUCCGAAUACAGUGCAUGUCGAGCAUCGUUGCUGGUGCUGAUUGCCUACUCGAUCCGCAAUCUCUCUGACCAAUUCCGCAAGUCGUUAUGUGAAGGUUUAGAUAUGAUACGGGAAAUGUCUGCUGUUGGAGAGUCGGCACGCGCUGAGAUUUCCUUGAUCGAGUCGCUUGAGCGUGCGUUAGCUCGUCUGCAUGCAACAGCAAAACCGAAAGACGUGGGCACUAGCGAUAACCAAGCGAAUUUUGAUUCGGCAUACGAAGCAUUCCGCAGCUGGGGAGCCAACUUGGCGAGCAAGAAUGGGCUGGACGCCCCUACGCCUGCGGUUCCGGAUGCCUCAGGUGGUCAAGCGGAGAUAGACUCCGUGUCUGGCUGGCCGGUAGACUUCCAGGCCCUGUCCAGCAUGGACUUUUUCAGUGCUUAUGACCCUAUGGCUGAUCCUCUACUUCAACUACCUGUCUUUGGUACCGAAACUCUCUCUCCGACUGACGGGUGGCUUACCCAGUCCGAGACGGAAAUUCUUGGGCAAUUCAUCACAGGACCUCCUGGAGGAAACUAG